AUGGCUCCGUCUAUGAUUUCGUCACAUAAAGAAGGCCGAAGAUUGGACGCGCAUAUUUCAGAGAGUGCCUCGAGAGAAGGCGGAAAUAUGGCAGACGUGCCCUCGGCUGUUGACGAAUUGGACUUGGGUCCACGAGAGGAGUCGAAUGACGUGCCCAUGGCAGUCGAUGAGGUGGAUGUGGACCACCGAGAAGAGCUGAAUGAGCUAAAGGUUUGUGAUCAUGCUUUGAAGAGCCUAAAAAAUGUAGAAGUAUUGGUUGGUGCUGAAAUAGCGAAGUGCUGGCGAAUAGGAGACACGAAAAGAGACAGCUGUGAAAGGGUCGUGAGAUCCGCGGUUAACGAGGUAGAGCGGGAACUUAGAGACCUAAAGCAGAUGUGUGCAGAAAAUGAAAGGGAGAGGGUCGGUUUUAAGAAACUGAUGACAUCCUUAGGUUGUACUACCCAGCUAGAGCUAGUGGAAGCAGUUGAGGAGCUAGCGGUAGAGGCAGCCAUAACGAAGGACAUUGAAAAGUGCACAGGUUGGGCGCGUGAUGAUGUGCUAGAGAAUUGCACGCAGCUUAAAAAGAGAUUGAUAAAGCUGUUAGAGAAGGAGAAAGAAGUAGUGCUGUUGCAGCGGCAACUGGAGAUGGCACGAAGGGAACUGGACCUGAUAAGGUCGCAGAAGAACGAGCCCAAUAAAGGCGGCACGAAGGACGGGCUACCAGGCUGGGCGAGACAGGCAGCCAGGAUCGAGAAGAUUGACUGCGAGCGAAUACAGGCGAUUCUCAGGGAGGACGCCGAGGAGGCCCGCCGUCGUAGUGAGGCGUUGAGCCGACGUAGCAGCCAGGAGUCUAGCUCACUCGUAGAGAACCAGUUAGGAGCGUAUUUAAAAUAUGUUGCGCUGCCAGAAGUUCGAACGUUCUCUGGAAAAGACAAAGAUUAUUCAUGGAAUAAUUUCAUUGAGUCGUUUGGCCUAAAAUAUCCAACUCAGAACUGGUCUAAUGAAGAGUUAAAAACUUUGCUAAAAUCAAAACUGAGUGGUCAAGCAAAAGUGAGAUAUGAGGCGUUACCCAAAAAUGUGAAGCAAGGACCGUUUGAGGGAUUGGUAGCAGCAUUGGCGGAUGCCUACAAGGUGGAGGCACAGACUAGCAGGGUCGUCGCGCUAGGAAAGCUAAGAAGGUUGAGAAAAAGCGACGAGCAGUCUGUAGCAGAAUACUGCGUUCAGUUGGAAAGGCUGUCAGCGAUAGCAUACCCCGAACUAGAUGAGGGAGCGCUAAUGACGGCAAGAGCUCAGCAGCUAUACGAGCAGGUCGUUCAUUGGCCAGAGUCAGUGUAUUUUCUGGAAGCCAUGGAGACAAGUGGUAAAGAUGCGUACAACAAUUUGAAAGAAGCGGUUUUGCGAGUAGAAAGAAGAAAGCUGAUGGUGGAGUGUACCAAGGAUCAGCACGAGCAAGAAACGGAAACCAAACGGCGUAAUAUUAAGUAUUCGCGGUCGUUUCGAAGUGGCAGUGAUGGAGCAGCCCUGCGCAAGACUGACCGUAGGGAAGCGAACAGUGACAUGCGGGAGAAGGUGACGGGGCCCACGGAUCAAUCCGAGUCUCGUGUCAGACCUAUAAAGGGCCAGAUACAAUGCUUCAACUGUAAGGGCAGAGGACAUAUGGCCAGAGACUGCAAAAGGGGAAGCGACGUUGGAAGUAAAGCUACUGACGUGGAAACAAGUACCGCUCGGUGCACCAAGGACAUGACCGGACAGCAAUCAGGGGUGGUAUCACCAUUUGGAGAGAAGUCCACCACCAAAGUGACUGUCUUUGGAAAAGUUUGGCCUGCGCUGCUCGACACCGGUUCUGAAAUUUCGAUACUUCCACUUAAAGUAUUGCAACAAAUUGAGAGUAAAGGUCGUCGAUUGAGGGAAUAUCCUGUCGACCAGAAUAAAAAGAUUCUGGAUGCAUCUGGAAACCCGAUGAAAUUUAGGAAAAUAGUCGAAGUCCCUUUAAAGGAAGGCAGCGAAGGAGAGAUAAUUCUUCAAAUGCAUGUGUCUGUAGAAAAGGGCCAUCUGCUUGUCUUGGGGACAAACGCCUUACAAGCUUUGAACUAUACGCUUGUUCGGUUGCCGAACGGAGAGGAUCGGCAAGGAAAGGCAAACGUAGUGCGGGGCCUAGAUAAAGCUACGGUGUGUAAGAGAGCCUAUGUAGCCCCAGGUGAACUCAAAUGGGUAACAAUAAAAGGUGGGGCACGGGAUACAGAACGCGUAUUCCAUUCUAGCUGCAAGUGGAUUCGUUCAGGGCUGUGCACUGUAGACGAAGCAGGCGUGGCAGAAAUCCCGGUGUGGAAUGUGUCGACAGAGCCCCUAGUACUGAAAGUACGUCAAGAAGUAGGUGCCUGGGAGGAAAACGAGGUCGAGUAUUCCAAAGUAAUUGCGACAGAAGUGCCAACAGAUAUGCUGGUGUUAGGGAAACCGACACUGCAAGCUGAGGAGAGGAAACAAGUGCUCAACGAGUACCUGAGAAGCAACAGAGAGCUUGGAGCAUCUGAUGAGCCUGAGCUGUGGAGGCUGAUUGACGAGCUGGAGAACGACUAUGACGUCGACAGUACGAUGCACUUCUUGCAUGUGAGAUUUAAAUGCGAUGGUCAGAGCUUUCCGAGUGUGGAUGGAAGACCCGGAUUCGAUUUGUCGCGAUGUCGCUGUAGCCAGAAGACUACAGUCAGUGAUCUCAUACCAUCUGUUCCACCUCCAGCUUCGGCCGAAAGAGUGCAGUGUGUGCUGGACGCAGCAAGGGUACUCGCAAUCUGGUGGGGUCCCGGUUCGAUCAUGUGCAAAGCUCAGAGGAUAGCCGAUAGCAGUUAUCUGGCUCUACACCCCAAGGCAGUAGCAGUCGCUUACUCGUUCUUCCGUAGUCGAUGCUCGCAUGUGGCUAUUAUGAGUGGUCUCGUGCCGCAGGAGGCACGUUUCAAUCAUACGACGCUGUCCGGGUGGCCCUGGGAUACGAACCGCAUCAUACAGUAUGGCUGGCACCUUUCAAGAACGAUGGAGUGGUCCGACGUAUCACAGAAAAUCAUGUCCGCCAACGAGCACUCGAGAGUUGUCAUCUUGGUUCCAGAGGUUUUGAGGAGGCUGACGUUCUGCCUAAAGGGUCCCAGAACGACGAUGUUCUACUAUCGGUCAUUCCACGAAAUCAAGCGCAAUAACAAUAUAUUGUUCGCCGACGAAGUCGGAAACGUCGUGUUCGUCAUGCCGCCCAAGGAACCGGACGAUAGUUUUUCUUGGAUUCCAUUCACAGCAGCGAUAGACUUGUGGUUAUCGUGUGGUGCACAGGUAUGGAUGGUGAAUGGUCCCCGCUCGUACGACGAUGGGAGCUGGAAUCGAAUGAACGAGAAAGCCCGGAGCCAUAUACUCGGCUACUUGAACGAACAUGCGGGAUUCGUGGAGCAGUGGCACGACCUUCUGCCUGAAGAGAUGGGAGUCUGGAGGGCCUCGAUGGCCUGCUUGCGAGUUGGAGUGGUCCAAGACCAUCGAAAAUGGUGGGAAGCCCCGCAGGCACUUGAAUUCUACGGUCACCUGGUCAGACAAAUGGAAACCCAUGGGGUUCAGUUGGAGCCGUUGAAGAUGCCGAGAUCGAUGAGGGCGCCUGGAGGACCGGUGCCAGGACAGUCGAGCAGCGGAAGACCGCCACUGAGAGAUGGAAGGAUUUCUAAGAGGCAUCUGAAAAGAAUUGAGCGCCGACAGGACCGGAACCGUCAGAGGCAAAUUGUGAAAGGAAUAGAGAACAUGGCUCUCAAAAACAGAUCUGAGGACAGAUCUGCGGGUGCGGGGAGGCAUGUAGAGUGA